ACACACCCUUUUUCCCCUUUAUAAAUCCAGGAGAAGCAAAGAGUAGAAGUGACCAACAUAAGAAAAAACACAGCCUAACCAAAGAGAAAGCUUCAUAUUGAAGGGUGAAGUACUCUCUUUACUAAAGGAACCAUACAUCAAGAAAGGAAAGUUGUCAAAGAGGGAUGUCACACUCUAUUGAGAUUACCCCAAUAGAUGAUCAAUGUCCACUUCUUCAUCAAACUAAAAAAGAUAAUAUAGAAGAAGCAGGAAAAAUAAAUGGUCAAUAUACCAAUAAAUCUGCAAAUCAUAUCAUUGAUGAAAAAUUGAAGGAUUUGGACAAAUAUACAUCUAAAAAAUUCAUUGCCAUAUUCAAAGUAAACGUAGGGCUACGAAAAUCAAAUCCAGAUGCUUAUACACCAAUGUUGAUCUCCAUUGGUCCUUACCAUAAAAAGAAUCCACAACUUGGUUCAAUGGAAAAGUACAAAUUGAUGUACCUACGACGAUUUCUCCAGUGUAAAAGGGGGCUUGAUGUGGAACAUUGCAUUACUGAAAUUGAGAAACUUAAAGGCAUAGCACUAAAGUGUUACGAUGAUAUAGAGAACUUGGACAAUGAUAUCGUUGACAAAUUUUCAGAAAUACUUUUACUAGAUGGAUGUUUCGUGGUUGAGUUUAUUCGAGAGUGUAGUGGAAUGAAGCCUAAUAGAGAAGACAAAAUAAUAAGCACAAAUUGUAUGAUAAACCUUGUACUUCGAGACUUGUUGUUACUAGAAAACCAACUUCCUUUCUUUGUGCUAACCAAGCUUCAAUACAUGACAAAGGAAGUUGAUGAAGUACCAAUCACAAAACUAGUAAAGGAGACUUUUUUUUCUAUAUUACCAAAGAUGGCUCAUGCAUCCUAUCUUGAGAGGGAAGGUGAUGUCAAAUGCAUCAAACAUUUGCUUCAACUCGUACACAUGUCGUCUCAUCCUUCAUACUAUAAUCUUUAUGGCAUGUUCAAGACUUAAGUUUGAAGAUUAUAUCAAAAGAUCAAGACUACCAAACAUGGCAUGCCAAUAUA